AUGACAUGGGAAAUGAUUUCCCCUCAAAUCCAUUUCGUGAACCAAACGGGACCUUAUAGUAAUGUAGGUCUGGCACCUGAUGGAUCGCAUGAAAACAAGAGCAAGGUGAAGCAGAGCCUAACCUUGGCCUAUAAGCACAACCGUUUAUAUAAUUUGAAAGCUCAACUUCAAGGGGAGCAACUUCAAGAAACCAACUCCAGUUAUUUUCAAGAUGGAUCAGAAGACAAGAACUUUGCGAAAUGGCCCACUACUUGGUGGCAGCAAUUCUCUGUGUUGCUUAGGAGAGGACUGAAAGAGAGGAGGCACGAGUCCUUCUCUGGUAGCCAGAUUAACCAGGUUGUGGCGGUGGCUCUUCUUGCUGGGCUACUAUGGUGGCAGUCAAAUAUUUCCCACUUGAUUGUUGCUGAUCUCCCCAUGGAGCUUGCCCUUCCAACCCUGUUUGUCACCAUAACAUAUUGGAUGGCAGGGCUCAAACCCACAGCAGGACACUUUUUCCACACCUUGCUUGUUCUGCUACUCAGUGUGUUAGUGGCUCAAGGCAUGGGGCUUGCUCUUGGGGCUCUGGUAAUGGACCAAAAAAAGGCCGCAGUACUUGCAUCAGUCCUCAUGGUGUCAUUUCAGCUAGCUGGAGGUUUCUUUGUUCAACAUGUUCCUGCUUUCAUUGCUUGGAUCAAAUACAUUUCCAUCAUUAACUACUCAUACAAGCUCUUGCUGGGGUCUCAAUACAAUGAAAAUGACACUUACCUAUGUGAUAGUGGGGUUUGCUUGGUUAGAGAUUUCCCAAGUAUAAAACAUGUUGGGCUUAGUGGACAAAUAGGUGCAGCGGUUGCUUUGGCCAUAAUGCUUGUGGGGGUUGUAGGCUAA